UAUAGGCCGACAACAUUGCUACUUGUUGGCUGGACUUCGUACCUACUGUUGUAUUGGAAUCUUUGAUCGGAUUUUUUUUUGUUUGUAAUAAUUUAAUUUAAUUUAGUUCUAAGGUUUUAUAUUUAUAAACAAUAAAAAUGGCUCGAGUUCUAGUAGGAGUUAAGAGAGUUAUUGAUUAUGCAGUUAAGAUCCGAGUGAAACCGGACAAAUCUGGAGUAGUAACAGAUGGAGUCAAGCACUCCAUGAACCCGUUUGAUGAGAUUGCAGUGGAGGAGGCUGUCAGGAUGAAGGAAAAGAAAUUAGCUAGUGAGGUUAUUGCAGUGUCUUGUGGCCCAGCACAAUCUCAGGAAACUCUAAGAACCGCACUCGCCAUGGGAGCUGAUAGAGCAAUUCACGUAGAAGUCGCAGGACCUGAGUAUGAAACCAUGCAGCCUCUGCAUGUAGCUAAAAUAUUAGCCAAACUCUCACAAGAUGAAAAGGCUGAUUUAGUGAUUGUUGGGAAACAAGCCAUUGACGAUGACUCCAAUCAAACCGCUCAAAUGACUGCAGCCCUCCUAGACUGGCCUCAAGGAACUUUUGCCUCAAAGGUAGAAAAGAUUGAUUCUGGACUGAAGGUAGUCCGUGAAAUUGAUGGAGGUUUAGAGACAAUCAAAACUAAACUACCGGCUGUACUCAGUGCAGACCUUAGACUGAAUGAACCAAGAUACGCAACACUACCUAACAUCAUGAAAGCAAAGAAGAAGCCAAUGAAGAAAGUUACAGCCAAGGAUCUAGGAGUUGACUUGGCUGCUAGAAUAAAAGUUGUCAGCGUAGAAGAUCCUCCCGUCAGGCAGUCUGGCUCCAUAGUCCCUGACGUAGACACACUCGUCGCUAAGCUCAAGGAAGGAGGACACAUUUAAAACAACACCAUACUACCAUCUUGUUUUAUUCUCUGUAUAGUAAUGUAAAAUCAUUUUGUACAUGGUUUUUGAAUGUAGAUCUAUAUACUUGUUAAAUAUAUUUUGUCAAGUUA